AAGACAGUUUAUUUUUUUGUGGUUAUUGUCCCGAGGUUCCCGCUUCAUCUCACCUCUGUAUUCCUUUGCUCCCCGAAACGCCUUUCCUCAAACACACACUCCAAAAAUCCACCGGCGCGUGAACUACACUCUCUCUCCUUAAACCGUAACAUCUCUUCUCUUUCACAAAAUAUUUUAGCUUUCAAUAGGUUUUCCCGAUAUGAGUACGGAAACAAAGCCAGUAGUUACCUCGCUUAGGUCAUACGAGUUGAAACCAGUUGCUUUUGAAGCUGCUUCUAUACCUGAACUGAUUACUUAUUUAAAAUCCGCUUUUCGUGAUAAGGAAUUCUCUCUAGUUGAGAGAAUUCUUAUCGAUCGCGAAAAACAACUGAAUGCUGAAAUUGAGAAUCUUAAGAAGUAUAUUGAUUUCGUGAAAAUAGGGAGAGAUGACGUGGAAAUGCUAAGUUAUGACAAGGAAUUGAAGGAUAUGGAGAGGAAACAUGAGGAAAUGAAAAAGGAAAAAGAUGAAAUUGAGGCAAAUUUAAAGAGGAAAUGUGAAAAAGGUGAAUUUGAGGCAAAAUUGAAGAGGAAAUGUGAGGAACUGAAAAAGGAAAGAGAUGAAGUUGAGGAAAAAUUGAAGAGGAAAUGUGAGGAUUUACAAAAUGAAAAAGAUGAAGUUGAGGUGAAAUUGAAGAUGUAUAUUGAAAAAUUCAAGGAGUUGGAAGUUAGAAUGUUGCUUUUGGAGGAGGAUACGGCGAAAAAACAUGCUGUGGAUGUAUCGGUGAUACAAAAAUUGGUGGAAGAUUUGGAAGCCGAUAUGGAUGAUGAUGUUGUAGAAGUGAAUAGUCAAGCUCAGUUAACUCCUAGGGCAGAUGCAGUGGAGGAGGAUGAUGUUGUAGAAAUGAAUUGUCAAGCUUCUGGUGCUGAUGAGAAGCGGCUUUCACCUAGGGUUUUGAUUGAUUCGACUGGAAAUGGAAGUGAUAAAUCAGGAGAUAAAGGCCCUCCCCCUGUCAACAUGACUUGUGAGAAUAGAGCGCCUAUUGUAGAUCUAUCAGCAUGUGAAGCAGGAGACUGCGUUAAGAAUAACUUGAAUAAAGUAUUUGGCGUGGCUGGGUCUUCAACUGUUGUUCACAUUAAUGACAGCGAUGAUGAGAAUGCAAAGGCUUGUGUUUCAAACAGUAAUGCUGUAGGCAGGAAUUUAACUUCUCCACACAAGAUAAAAGAAGAGGAUAUAAAGGGAACUCCAUUGUCCAAAAGGAAAAGAAGCUUAAGUGAGAGUGACCAUGGGGAUAGCUCAGUUGGCACACAAAAGACAAGAUCUAUUCAAGAAUUAGAUCGUGAUGGAAAACUGCCCUUUGCUCAUGAAAAUUCCCAUAAAGCAGCAUUCGUAAGAAGAUGUGAUGACAAAGAUGGGGGGAAGUCUUAUUCUCAACUUUCUUCCAGAAGAUCUGAUUUAUACAAGCUUGAUAUUGGUGAUGAUAGUUCUUCAGAGUCAGAUGAUCCAUUGAGUGACAAAAGUAUGAAUUUGUUAAUCAAAAGAAUUAUAAAGCGUGAAAUGUUCUCAUCGGAAGAUGAUUUAAGAUCGUCCUUUGAGAAAGACCCCGAACUUUGUAUGAAGGCGAUAUGUGCACUUUAUAGGCAAAAAAUUUCUCCAAACAUCUCCUCCAAGGGCCUUCAUUUUACCAAGAGUCAGGGGUUGAGUCAAUCUGAUAAAAUCAGCAUAGCUGCUUUGGGUGAAUAUCUGAUCGACGGGGAUCGAGAAAAUAAACUCAGAAAAGCCGUGGAAGAAGUACGUCCAAAGGAUCAUGCCGAAUGUAAAAGAUUAGCUACUAAAUACUGCUAUCAACUAUAUCAGAUAUACCUUAGCAAGGAGGAUCCUUUGUUUAGCCAAAUCUCAAAGUUCUAGUUUAGCAGAAAGGUGAUCUGCCUUUCUGCUACACAUAUGCUGUUGCAGAGGAAAAACUAUACUAAUAUGAACUCUCAGUCCCCAACUAUUGCUGCACAAGAUGGAACCUUUUGCUGUCUCUGGAAGUUUUACAAAAGUUGGUAACCACGAUGACUUGUUGAUUCCUAUUUUGUGACUUUGAUGUGGAUAACUGAUUAUGGAUAGUUAACAACUGAUAUAUAUAUAUAUAUAUAUAUAUAUAUAGGUUUUCAUGGUCAUAGAUGAUACUAGAAAUGUAAAAAGAUAGGAGUUGUGCUUCUGCCAGUUUGGGUUUUUUGUAUCCCCAUGAUGAAGACUCGUUCUCUUUUGUAUGUAAGGUUCUUAUAUUGGGCGCUUUUGGCUUCGUGUCACCU